GAGCAGCGCGCUCGUCGCCGACCCGGGCGCCGCCGCCGUCCACAGCGACAAGGGGCGCGCUUGGGAGGGGGCGGGCGAGGGGGGCAGUAAAGUGCGGCCAGUUCUAGGCCCGCCGCAGAGGAGAGCCUGGGGCACGACUUGACCCGAUUUCCGAAUGGAGCGUGUGACAUUGGCAUGACGUUCCGUGAGCCCUCAUAUAAGCGACCGCGCCGCCACCGCACUCUAUUGUAGUAUCUCGCUCUCGCCCACCAUGAAGCUCCUCACCCAAGAACAGUACGACGCAUACGAUGCCGCCACCCGCCGGGGCGCCCUCGAGGGCACGGCCUUCGGCGCCGCUAUCUCUUAUGGCGCGCACAAGCUUGCCUCAAGGCGGUACCCCGCCUACGCCAGGCUCACACCAUCGUUGAAGUUGUUGGGCGGCUUGCUUUUCACCGUUCCCGUCUUGGCCAUUCAGGCUGAGCGCCGCGGAUUGGAGUACGAUCAGAGCCAAUGGGUGGGCGAGAACCUGUUGUUGUCCGACAGCAAGGAGUUGGAGGAGCGCCAGCGCUGGGACUCCCUAACUACUGGCCAGAAAAUUAAGGAGUGGGGCAUGAACCACCAGUACAGCAUCAUUCUCGGCGGCUGGGCGGCUGGUAUCGCUACCUCUAGCGCCAUCAUCUUCCGCAACAAGUACCAGACAUACCCGCAGAAGGUGGUGCAGGUCCGUAUGUGGGCGCAGGGAAUCACCGUUGCUCUCAUGAUCGCUGCUGGUGUUCUCACCGCAAACCAACGGCAGGAGAAGAUGGACCACCGCACGGAGGACCACUCCUGGAUGGAUGUCAUCGAGGCGCGCGAAAAGGAGAGGCAGCUGGAGAAGGCUGGCUACGUGCGUCAAUAAGCGCCCGGCUUCUCCUGGCGCGCCUGUUACCCACGUUCGACUGUCGCUGAGGAGAACGAGGCGUGCAGUCAUCGCUCUUGCUUAGAACCCCAUUGCUAUCAUUCGGACGCACCUUUACCUGUAGCAUACAAUAAUAUUCAUGCAUGAAGUACUGCGAGAAGGGUAUCAGUUCAAAACAAGUGUACGGAGGUUGAAGCUAAAGUCCCCCGCGCCUAGCUGUACCGUUAAGGUGGUCGGCGAUCGUCGUGUUGCGACGCAAACCAGUGUUGCAUAAUUCUCAGUACUGAAAGAGCUUGAGACUGCACAAAAAGACCUACAUUGCGCGGG